AUGUUUCGCCGCGCUUGCCGACUGCCGCACCGCGCCAUCGCGGGCAGUGUCAAGGGCGGGGCUCUGCUUAUAGACCUGCGCACGCCAGAGGAGAUCAUCGAAACACCUGGACCGGACGGAGCGCUGACUUGGGACUUUCGGUCAGAUCCGACGGCCAAGGCGCUGCUAGAGGGCCGCGGCUACACACGUAUCUUGAACGGCGGCGGCAACACGACUGCCCCUCAGUGGGACGCCCUUCUCGAGGCCUGCCAGCGGCUCGUGCGGGGCCCGAUGAAUGAGUGUCGCGACCGGGUCACUUCGUAA